AUUUCAUUUUACGGCUCAAUAUGGCGUCCCACUGGUGAGCCGAGUGACGGAGUGGGAAAGUUUAGUGACAUUAAAGUGAAAAUUGUUCGCUGUUUUCGUCAGUUUUCCGUGUCAGAGAGGUCCACACAGCAGCUGCCCGUCAGCUCUCACACAGUGAGCGGUCAGGGAGCAGCAGUGAGCGGGAGGGAGGUGAAGGAAAUGGCGGCGCAGGGAGGCAUCGCGUUCCAGGAGAAGGUCAGCAGGCUGCUGUGCAAACGCGAGGGGAAGAGACCCGUCCUCAAACCCAACAAGCCCCUGAUCCUCAAAGACGCUGUGGCGAAGCGCAAACCCAGCAAAGGAGAGGCCACCUGUGUCACAGAGAUGUCCGUCCUGAUGGCCUGUUGGAAGCUGAACAACUUUGUGGAAGGUCUGUGCUCCAGCGAAAUGAACUCCUUUUACACCUGCGUCAAGGCAGCUCAGGCUGCUAUGAAGAAUAAAUCUGAACAGACCAGCCUCCAGGGCGGACGUCUGCCCCCAAAACAAGCCACCAGCCUGCUGAAGAGAUACCCCAACGUGCACACUGAGAUCUAGGAAUGAAACCUUUUCUUGCCCAACCUAUACAAACGUGCAGGUUGAACAAAGACAUUGGGCUAAGUCUUAGAGCUGGAUUUUAUUGUGAUAAGGUGUUUACAGUUGUCAGCUACUGUUUGAAUCAACACUGGGUUACCAUACACAUGUAUUAAAUGUCACAAACUCACUGCAUGACUCCUUUGGUAUGUAAACUUAUCCAAACAUUCACUUUGCUGACUAAUGUUCUGUAUUCACAACACGCUGCGUUUGAUGGUUUAAACUAUAAUGAGACUGUCUCCUGGUGUCCACAUUUGGCUCUGAUCAACGCGUCGCCAUUUAGUCUCAAUCUAAUUUAGCAGAGUGGUCUCAUUCAGUGCACUGAUGUUAUUAGUGGAUGUGAUAGAGUUAUUCUUCUUGGGUUUCAUGGCUCCUGGCUGGAAGCUCAGCGUUAUCACCAAACACUUAAAUGCCUCAUCAUUCCUGUGGACGCUGAGAUUGGUGGUUAACAGAUAUUGAAAUCAACCUGCUGAACAGAUUACCAGUAAGCAACGCUUAGUGUGGUUGAUAUGGAUAUUCCUGAAUAAAUUAAAACUGUUUGUUAUUGA